GGGCCACAGAGGAGAGUCUCUGCAGCCGCCAUGCAUGUGGUCAUGGGUAAUCCUCUCUUAAAUAACUCCCGGCAGAAAAAGAGGGAGGGUGCUUGGGGAGCAGCGGCCAGCGUCCUCUUAUCCCUUGGGCACACAGCACCAGGAGCAGAAGUGGGAUUCAGCUUCAGACGCUUGCUGGAUUGAAGGACUUCUUUUGACCAUCAUGAACUUUGCUGCCCAAUUUUUCUACUCCAGCAACUUGAGCGAGCGACUUGAGCGAUUGUUCUCGCCAAGGCCUGCGAUUAAAGACGUCGAGGAGCGGGAUCCUUUCUGGGAGAGAGACGAACUACGGCUGGGUCCCAGUCAGCCCGGAGCAUCCCACAAAUAUGGGCCCCUCAGUAAUGGCGCAGCAGGCCGCCGGUCUACUCUCAUUGAACCAGAGCGUCUCAAGGACUUUGGUGAGGAAGAGCUUCUCAAUGGAGAUGUGAGAGUCCAUGAAACCAGGAUGGUGGAGGCCCCGGAGAUCAAGCUCAUGGAUCCUCCAAAAACCAGAAGACUCAGCGAGUUCAGGACGGUUCCCAGGCCCCCGCUUCAGUACCUGCGCUUUGAAGACAUCAGCGCUGCAGCGUUCAGGAUCCAGUCAGGGAUUCAGAAGACCCCCUGCACGUACUCAAGGCUUUCCAAACAGUAUGGGAUGGAGAUAUACCUGAAGAAGGAGCACCUGCACUACACGGGCUCAGUGAAAGAGAGGGGGGUGCUGUAUCUGCUCACCUCACUCACACAGGAGCAGCAGAGGAAAGGAGUGAUUGUGGCCUCGGACUGUAACUUCUCCAUGGCCGUGGCUCAUCAUGCGGCGGAGCUGAAGAUACCAGUGUUUGUCAUCAUGCCGUCGGGCUGCUCCUCGCCUCGGCUCAGAAUCUACAGAGACUACGGCGCCAUGGUUAUCUCCUACGGUAGCACCAGCUGUGACUCCCAGAACCACGCCCGCCGUCUGGCCAAAGAGAAUGGAUAUCUGUACCUGGAAGAAGAUGAAGGCGCAGUGUACCUGGCAGGACUGGGCACUGUGGGCAUGGAGAUCUAUGAACAAGUCCCCAAAGUGGACGCUGUGGUUGUUCCUGCAGCAGGACAAUACGGCCUGCUUGCUGGCACUGCUGCAGCCAUCAAACACCUCAACCCUGAGAUUCUUGUUAUUGGAACCGAACCGGAGGGUUUUCCUCUGCUGCUACAGUCUCUGAAAACAGACAGUCCAAUCAAAGACCUGCACAGCAAACCCAACAAGAAGCUUUUUGGAGAUCUGCAGGAGCGCUCCCUGGGAGUUCAGACCUUCCAGAUUGCAAAGAAACUUGUGGAUAAAGUCAUCCCUGUCAGUGAGGAGAACUCUUUGGUGGCAAUGCUUCGCUUUCAAGAGUUUGAGCGCUCCACGGUGGACACAGAAGGUGCCAUGGGCCUGGCAGCCAUCUUAGCUGGCCAUUUACCUGAGCUCAGAGGAAAGAAGGUUGUCGUGGUGGUGAGCAGUGCUAACAUGGAGCCAGAGCUGCUGAGGCAGUGUGUGGACCGGGCGCUGGUGUUGGACGACAGAGUCACAAAGUUCUCGGUGCAGCUGGGCGAGUGGCCGGGCGACAUGGCCAAACUGCUGGAUGUCCUGUCUCGAGAGGACGUCAGACUGCUGGAUGUCUGCCAUCGCAGGCAUGGCGACAAAUCCAACCUCUUCCAGGCAAAGGUGGAGUGUGUGGUGGAAACCAGGGACAGGACACAAAGUGCUCAACUGAGGAAGACGCUAAACGAGCGCUACCCUUCCAUUUGCUGGCUGGACCGGUGAACCUGGCAAAGCUGAAACCUGAACAUCCUGCAGAGUCUAAAUGUAUCAAGAAGCAUGAGCUUGGUGCUGCAGCACAUAAACAGAAAAGCUGCAGAUUAGAAGUCAGAUUCAUGCUCUCAUAGCAAGCUGUUCUAUCGCAGCAGUUGUUUUUCUCCAUGCCACCUUGAUUAGUGGGGGGCCUUAACCUCAUCCAGAGUAUUGCAUGCAACUCAGCUUGUUUACAGGCGCAGUGUUGCAGCGAACUGCAGAUCCUGUAAAAAACAAAAACAAAGCAGACAUCUUCUACCGCUCAUUUGUUUCUUCUUCCAAGGAGCCCGAUUCGCUCCUCAGACUUUCUUUGGGCCCUUUAAAGUUCUCCUGCAAACUGUUUCACUCGCUCAGAAGUUUUGGUUUGGAUCCUGGUUUUGGUGAAGUCACUCAAACACAGAAUAACCCUUGGGACCAGAGAUGCAGCCUUUGCGUCUCUGCAUGCACUUUGUCUCUGCAAAUGCUUUUUAUCAGUCAGCAAAACGCGUCCUUAUAGAUUGAAUGUACACCUGCCACUGCACCAACCAACCACCUCCACGUGUUGACUGAGUUCUUCACAGAUGAGACACUUUAGUAGGGUUCUCUCAUGAAUGUUUCUAAAUAAGUUUGUUCUUUCAUUACUGUACAUAUUGUGUACAUUUCUUCUUGUGUGGCAGAAAUGUGUUGAGUGAAUAAAAGAGAGAAAAAAGUUG